AUGGCUCCAGCAGAAACAACAGGCAAUGUGCAGAGGCCGGAAGCCGGUAAACAGUCCAUGGGAAGCUUUUGGACACAAAUGUUUCCACCAAAGCCAACGUACACUGAGGAGCAAGUUCCCGAUUUGACUGGCAAGAUAUUCAUAGUAACCGGUUCCAGCUCAGGCGUAGGUAAAGAAGCAGCGCGGAUGUUGUAUGCGAAAAAUGCAAAGGUCUACAUGGCGGCGCGGCCGGGACCAAAAUUGCCCGCUGCCAUCAAUUCCGUACAAGAAGCAGUCCCCAAGUCAGGGGGCGCUCUAAUUCCCCUAGAGCUUGAUCUGGCAGACCUGGCAGUAGUGAAGAAGGCAGUGGAAAAGUUCACCUCGCUAGAAACCAAGCUGCACGGUCUCAUCAACAACGCGGCCGUGCAGGCACUAAAAGAUACAGACGGCGACGCUCGAACAGCGCAAGGCCAUGAGAUCCACAUGGGUGUUAAUGUCCUUGCCCCAUUCUUGUUCACCCGCUUGCUUACUGGAGUGUUGACUGCAACGGCGCGUCAGGAACCACCUGGUACUGUGCGUGUUGUAUGGGUGUCGUCCAUGGGCACCGAGACCAUUGGAGAAAAGCGACGUGGAUUGUCUCCCGACUAUGUGGAUUACUGGCCACUCAUGUCUCCGCUGGAGCGCUAUGGCUUGAGCAAGGCCGGCAACUGGCUACAUGGUGUGGAAUUCGCGCGACGCUAUGCUGCCGAUGGGAUUGCAAGUUUUCCGAUUAAUCCGGGCCACUUGAAGUCCGACCUGUAUCGGGAGGGCGGCGCGCUGUUCAAGUUUGCGUUGAAGCCUGUGUUGUACCCGCCCACAUACGGAGCUUAUGUCGAGCUGUUUGCUGCACUAUCUCCUACGUUGACUCUGAAGGACUCUGGAGCAUGGAGUAAGUACGUAGAGAUGGUCUACUUCCCAGAUUGCUAA